CAGAGGGUCGAGGACCCCUGGACCGAGUAUUCCCCGGGCUCCCGGGACACAACAAGAUCAGCUGGGAAUGAAUGGGUCCUGGGCUUUUGUGAAUCUGAGUGGGGCAUCCCCUCCUCUGGGCGCCGGGCUGCGCCCCCUUCCCCUGGGCAGCCGCGGGGCCGUGACGCCUGGCGGAGGGGGCGCGCAUCUUGGCGCGCGCCUGUCCUCGCAGUGGCUCAUUCAUCGCCGCCGCGGCACGCCGUUGCCAUGGGGACGUGAUGCAGGCGCGAGAAGCGGGAGGGAGAGGGAGGCCCCGGGUGACGUCCGCGCUCUUCUCGCAGCUCGUCUCCCGCGGCCUCCCAAUUCUUACCUAAUUUGGAAGAGAGCCGCAGCCCUUCUGCUGAUGCGCGCGCGCUGGCGCCUUUUUAAGGCAACUGGCGGAGUGGCGGCUCCACCAGAGCCUGGGAGCUGCCCCCGCCCCCGAGCCGCGAGCCCUUCGCGGGGCCGGGGCCCGGGGAGUCCCCGGCGCCGCACGCCCCCACCACCCCCAUCUUAGCGCCCCCCACCCUCUAUGGGGACGUUUCAACCAGGGAAAAGGGAGGUCCUGCCCUUGCCCCUCGCCCCCGCCCCCCUCCUCCAACAGGGGAGACUUCUGUCCAAACCUUGGAAAGAAACGAGAUGCCAGGCCUAGCGCCUUCGGGGAUCCUCUCUGGACAAGGCCACAGGGUGAAAACACCAGCACAGUCUGGACCUGGGCGGGGUUUUUAGAAAAGCUUCGGGACACCACUCCACGACAGACCAACCAGGUUGCUGCUGCUUGCAAACAUCGCCUGCAUUGAAGGAUUCCUGCAGCCACCAGCUCUGGAACUUUCUGGAACCAAACCUUUCCCCAGACGGCCUACAAGGACCAGUUUGCUUCUGGAUGUAGGUGUGGCCUGCAGGGGUCUGGCAGGGCUCCCCAGAGUCAAGUGGACCCAGCCCUGUGGAACCCCUGCCUGGUCCUGUUGACUUCUGCCCUCUUCCUGCAGCACUUCCUGGAGGCGUUUGGCGGGGACCUGGGACGACAGCUGGGAAGUGCCUGACAUAUUCUCAAGAAGCUGGAGAUUCCAGACAUAUCUGGGCCCCUCUCUGGACUGGGAUGGGGGACCCAGAGGUGGAGAAGAACACACAAGCAGCACUUGAGGGCUCCAAGGGUGGCGAGGAGAGAAGUUUCUGCUCUGGUACAGCUAGCCCUAGGACCCUGAAUGGUGCUUCAAUGGAGCGUCCACCCCCAGCGCCAAGCCCUCAGUGCAGAGGGGGAGACUCAGGCGGCUCUCAGACAGACACAAUUUGCCAAGGUCACACAGCAAGUCAGGGUGCCGCUAAGACUAGGACCUAGAGCUCCGCCUCCUGGCCCAGGCUUCUCAGCACCUGGACCCCAGAGGCCGGCCUGUGGGAGGCCUGCAUGGCCACUGCACCACAAACCAAGGACCUAGUCUGGGUUCCCCUCCACCAAGCGCUGGCUGUGAGUCACUUGGGUCACUCCACUCUCUGCAUUAGGCCUCAGUCAUCCAAGACCAUCUUUCAAGGGCCCUCACUCCAAUUAUGAGUCUGGGACUUUCUGAAAUGGAGCGUUUUGGCCAGGCUGUGGGGACCUCUGUGGCCGCCUGUAAGACACUGCUGAGGAGACUUUCCUCCUCUCACCAGACUGAAGCUAAGAAGUGCUGGAGACAGCAGUUGCUUUAGCUACAGGCUAUGUAGACCACCUGAGGAUGAUCUGGGAGUCUAUUUUGUGCACCUUGGAACCCAUCGGAUCCCUCCAAUGGAGCUAUAUAAGGCGGCGUGAGGCAGGCAAGGGGGGCAGCGCAGCCGAGCGGAGCCCAGGAGAGCAGAGAACGAGCCUGAGCGAGAGAAGGGGAAGCACGGAGGAGGAAGCCGCCGCCGGUGCGUCGGGACGGGAGCGCAGGUGCUCGGGCGCCCGAGCUGGAGCUCCGCAGCCGCCGGUCAUGUACCGCUCCACCAAGGGCGCCUCCAAGGCGCGCCGGGACCAGAUCAACGCCGAGAUCCGGAACCUCAAGGAGCUGCUGCCGCUGGCUGAAGCGGACAAGGUCCGGCUGUCCUACCUGCACAUCAUGAGCCUCGCCUGCAUCUACACUCGCAAGGGUGUCUUCUUCGCUGGAGGCACUCCUCUGGCGGGCCCCACGGGGCUUCUCUCAGCUCAAGAACUUGAGGACAUCGUAGCGGCCCUACCCGGCUUUCUGCUUGUGUUCACGGCCGAGGGGAAAUUGCUGUACCUGUCUGAGAGUGUGAGCGAGCAUCUGGGCCACUCCAUGGUGGACCUGGUUGCCCAGGGUGACAGCAUCUACGACAUCAUUGACCCAGCUGACCACCUCACUGUGCGCCAGCAACUCACCCUGCCCUCUGCCCUGGACACUGAUCGCCUCUUCCGCUGCCGCUUCAACACCUCCAAGUCCCUCAGGCGCCAGAGUGCAGGCAACAAACUGGUGCUUAUUCGAGGCCGAUUCCAUGCUCACCCACCUGGGGCCUACUGGGCAGGAAACCCCGUGUUCACAGCUUUCUGUGCCCCAUUGGAGCCAAGACCCCGCCCUGGCCCUGGCCCUGGCCCUGGCCCUGCCUCACUCUUCCUGGCCAUGUUCCAGAGUCGUCAUGCUAAAGACCUAGCCCUACUGGACAUCUCUGAGAGUGUCCUAAUCUACCUGGGCUUUGAGCGCAGUGAACUGCUUUGUAAAUCAUGGUAUGGACUGCUGCACCCCGAGGACCUGGCCCACGCUUCUGCUCAACACUACCGCCUGUUGGCUGAGAGUGGAGAUAUUCAGGCAGAGAUGGUGGUGAGGUUACAGGCCAAGACUGGAGGCUGGGCAUGGAUUUACUGCCUAUUAUACUCAGAAGGUCCAGAGGGCCCCAUUACUGCCAAUAACUACCCAAUCAGUGACAUGGAAGCCUGGAGCCUCCGCCAGCAGUUGAACUCUGAAGAUACCCAGGCAGCUUAUGUCCUGGGCACUCCGACCAUGCUGCCCUCAUUCCCUGAAAACAUUCUUUCCCAGGAACAGUGCCCCAGCACUAACCCACUCUUCACCACAGCCCUGGGGGCUCCCAGAAGCACCACCUUCCCCAGUGCUCCUGAACUGAGUGUUGUCUCUGCAUCAGAAGAGCUUCCCCGACCCUCCAAAGAACUGGACUUCAGUUACCUGACAUUCCCUUCUGGGCCUGAGCCUUCUCUCCAAGCAGAACUGAGCAAGGAUCUUGUGUGCACUCCACCGUACACGCCCCAUCAGCCAGGAGGCUGUGCCUUCCUCUUCAGCCUCCAUGAGCCCUUCCAGACCCACUUGCCCACCCCAUCCAGCACUCUUCAAGAACAGCUGACUCCAAGCACAGCGACCUUCUCUGAUCAGUUGACGCCCAGCAGUGCAACCUUCCCAGAUCCACUAACUAGCCCACUGCAAGGCCAGUUGACUGAAACCUCAGUCAGAAGCUAUGAAGACCAGUUGAAUCCCUGCACCUCCACCUUCCCAGACCAGCUGCUUCCCAGCACAGCCACCUUCCCAGAGCCUCUGGGCAGCCCUGCCCAUGAACAGCUGACUCCUCCCAGCACAGCAUUCCAAGCACACCUGGACAGCCCCAGCCAAACCUUCCCAGAGCAACUGAGUCCCAAUCCUACCAAGACUUACUUUGCCCAGGAGGGAUGCAGUUUUCUCUAUGAGAAGUUGCCCCCAAGUCCUAGCAGCCCUGGUAAUGGGGACUGCACGCUUUUGGCCCUAGCCCAGCUCCGGGGCCCCCUCUCUGUGGAUGUCCCCCUGGUGCCCGAAGGCCUGCUCACACCUGAGGCCUCUCCAGUCAAGCAGAGUUUCUUCCACUACUCUGAAAAGGAGCAGAACGAGAUAGACCGUCUCAUCCAGCAGAUUAGCCAAUUGGCUCAGGGCAUGGACAGACCCUUCUCAGCUGAGGCUGGCACUGGUGGACUAGAGCCACUUGGAGGACUGGAGCCCCUAGACUCCAACCUGUCCCUGUCAGGGGCAGGCCCCCCUGUGCUCAGCCUGGACCUGAAACCCUGGAAAUGCCAGGAGCUGGACUUCCUGGCUGACCCUGAUAACAUGUUCCUGGAAGAGACGCCCGUGGAAGACAUCUUCAUGGAUCUCUCUACCCCAGACCCCAGUGAGGAAUGGGGCUCAGGGGAUCCUGAGGCAGAGGGCCCAGGAGGGGCCCCAUCGCCUUGCAACAACCUGUCCCCAGAAGACCACAGCUUCCUGGAGGACCUGGCCACAUAUGAAACCGCCUUUGAGACAGGUGUCUCAGCAUUCCCCUAUGAUGGGUUUACUGAUGAGUUGCAUCAACUCCAGAGCCAAGUUCAAGACAGCUUCCACGAAGAUGGAAGUGGAGGGGAACCAACGUUUUGAAUAAGUCUGUGACUUAACGUCGUCAAGUAUGGCAUAUUGUCAUCAAGACGUGGAGCCGCUCUCCACCCCCCCGGGACUGUUGGGGGGAUUCUGGGGGCCAGAGGGGGAUAUAUAUGAUUCCCCAGGCCCUGCAGGAUUUGGGGGGGGGAGGUGGGAGGGCAAGGGAGGGGAGCUUCUUUUUAAAAUCAAGAGACUUCGAGCGAUCCCAGUUUCCAUUUCAAUCUGUAUUCACUCGUAGUGAGUUUCCUUGAAUGGGAUUUCAAGCGGAGAAUGGGGGAGUCUCACUUCCCCGCCGCCUUGCCCCAUUGGCCUGGGCCAGUUCUCCACUCCUAGGGGCCAAGCCACCCCUAGGCUUUGGUGGGGGAAAGGCAAGGCCCACCCGGGCCAGCCCGUGCCCUGAGGGGCUCUUGACACCCACGUAGAAUUCUCUACACACCAGUAACGGGAUUUCAAUUCCGAUGGACUCUGCCGCCCUGGCGGCCCUUCCUGUGACUUUUGCACCCCGCGCCUGGGGUGGGGGGUGCGAAGAGACGCUACGUUCCUUUCCGAUGGAGGAAGGCAGACCUGCCGUCACACGUGUGCUUGCACGAGUGCGUGUACCUGGUGCGGGACUCACCCGGCCGCCAGACUGCCUGGGCCUGCCCAGAUGGCCACCUCGUGGUGCUGCGGUGACUUUGUAGCCAACUUUAUAAUAAAGUCCAGUUUGCCUUUUUGGUA